AUGGUCUUUACGGAUGGAUCAUUUGCCAACAAUAAGGACCUCUCAUCACAAAUCGGCUUUCUUGUUAUGCUUGUUAACGAAAAACAAGAAAGCUCCGAGGAUGUUCCUUCUUUUCACAUUAACGGCAAUUUGAUCCAUUGGAGCUCUACGAAGUGCAAGAGGGUAACCCGAAGUGUGCUUGCCUCCGAGAUCUACGGCAUGACCGACGGAUUUGACAUCAGCCUUGCUAUUGCAACGACCCUAAGAAUGAUCACCGACCGACUGAAUCUCCCUCCAAUCCCCCUUAUCGUCUGCGUAGACUCUUAUUCCCUUUACGAAUGCAUCGUCAAGCUCGGCACAACAAAGGAAAAGCGUCUUAUGAUUGACAUUAUGGCUCUACGGCAGUCAUAUGAGAGACGGGAGAUAUUAGAAGUCCGAUGGAUCAACGGCAACGACAACCCAGCUGAUGCAAUGACGAAGGCGUCACCAAACAAGGCCCUUGAGCGCUUCAUCUCGACUAACCAGCUGACUAUCCGGGUAGAAGGGUCAGUCCAUAGGCCAGUGUGA